AUGGCCCACUCCCCCUCAUCCUCGUCCGUCGAAGACGCCGCCGAAAACACUGCAGACGAGGAAGAUUCUGAAGACUACUGCAAAGGUGGUUACCACCCAGUACAGGUUGGAGAGAAGUUCAAAGACGGAAAAUACACGGUCGUUCGCAAGCUAGGAUGGGGUCAUUUCUCAACCGUCUGGCUUUCCCGAGACAAUACCAACGGCAAGCAUGUUGCUCUCAAGGUCGUCCGCUCCGCCGCUCACUACACCGAGACCGCCAUCGAUGAGAUUAAGCUUCUCAAUAAGAUUGUUCAGGCCAAGCCUGAUCACCCAGGUCGCAAGCACGUUGUCAGUCUUUUGGAUUCGUUUGAGCACAAGGGACCUCAUGGUACCCACGUAUGUAUGGUUUUCGAGGUCCUGGGAGAGAACUUGCUUGGCCUCAUCAAGCGUUGGAAUCAUCGUGGUAUUCCCAUGCCCCUCGUAAAACAAAUCACAAAACAGGUGCUUCUUGGUCUCGACUACCUCCAUCGCGAAUGCGGUAUCAUUCACACCGAUCUCAAACCAGAAAACGUUCUCAUCGAGAUUGGAGACGUUGAGCAGAUUGUUAAGCGCGUCGUUAAGCCCGAAGCUGCUGAGAAAGAGAACAAUCGUAACGGACGGCGACGUCGGAGGACUCUCAUCACUGGCAGUCAACCACUCCCAUCUCCCCUCAACACUAGCUUCAAUCAAUCCAACCUCUUCCCCUCACCGACCCCCCACUCCAGUCUUGCUGGUGUUUUGAAUGAUGACAAAUCAUCAAACGAGGCAUCACCCAAGCCGUCCGACGACGCUCAGAAGCAACGAGAAAAGUCAGCCGACCUUCUCAGCCGUGAGGUCUCGGGCAUUUCUCUCGACAAAUCGAACUCACCCUCUACCGCGGCAGGGGACAAGCGCAAGGCGGAAGAUGCGCACGCCUUCGACGUUAUUAGCGUCAAGAUUGCAGAUCUGGGCAAUGCUUGCUGGGUCAACCACCACUUUACCAACGACAUUCAGACGAGACAAUAUAGAUCGCCCGAAGUGAUUUUGGGUUCCAAAUGGGGUGCUAGCACUGAUGUAUGGAGUAUGGCAGCUAUGGUGUUUGAGUUGAUUACAGGUGACUACUUGUUUGACCCCCAGUCAGGUACCAAGUAUGGCAAGGACGACGACCACAUCGCCCAGAUCAUUGAACUUCUUGGGCCGUUUCCCAAAUCGUUAUGUCUCAGUGGGAAGUGGAGUCAAGAGAUCUUCAAUCGAAAGGGAGAGUUGCGGAAUAUCCACCGGCUUAGGCACUGGGCUCUAACAGAUGUCCUGCGCGAAAAAUACCACUUCAAGGAAGAAGAAGCGAAGCGCAUUGCAGACUUUUUGACCCCAAUGUUGGAGCUGGUUCCCGACAAGCGAGCCAACGCUGGUGGUAUGGCAGGCCAUAACUGGUUGGAAGAUACGCCUGGCAUGAAAGGACUGAAGAUUGAAGGUUUGGAGGUUGGUGGCCGUGGCGAGGGCAUCGACGGGUGGUCGACGGAGGUGAGGAAGAGAUAG